GUAUCGACCGGAACACGACGGUCUAUAGAUGCGCGUCGACAUAACGGUCCUCUCUCGCCCGCGGUCUCUUUCCUCACGGAGGAUGACUUCGGGUGUCUCGCUCCCGUCGUUCACGAAUCUCUCGGGAAUGCCGCCAAAAUAUCAUGAAGGGCCCGGGGAUUUCUCGUGCCGAACCUGACAUCGACGACGCGAAUGACCACGCGCGAUAGCGGGCUAAGCGGGCUUCUCUUUAGAUACACACUGUCUUACGAAACGCGCGAUCGUCAGUAUCGCGUAUCGCCCGUUCCCGUUGUACGCGACUGAUUGUAUACUUGUCUGAAACGGUACAUGUGAUUGCAUCAGUUUUUUCUUUUUUUUUUUUUAAUUAAAAGCGAACGAUGACGACGAAAAGUGUCACCGGGCCGAUCAGCGCGGAAAUGCCCCACGUGCUGGAGAAAAAUCGCGCCAUGGGAAACAUCAAGGAUGGCAUGAUCGAUUUCGUUGCCGGCUCGCUCGGCGGCGUAGCGCUCGUUUAUGUAGGUCAACCGCUGGACACAGUGAAGGUAAAAAUGCAGACGUUUCCAUCCAUAUAUAAGGGCAUGGCAAAUUGCUUUAUGCAUACAUUAAGAACAGACGGUAUCGCGAGAGGUUUGUAUGCCGGGACGAUUCCGGCAGUGGCUGCCAAUGUCGCCGAGAAUUCAGUAUUAUUCGCGGCAUACGGCGGCUGUCAGAAAGCGAUCGCUCAUUUAUUAGGUGCACAGAGCGUAAAAGAGCUGAGCUCCUUCAGCAACGCCUGCGCCGGUUUCUUUGCCGCGUUUUUCUCCUCGCUGACGCUAUGCCCGACUGAAUUGAUAAAAUGCAAGUUGCAGGCGGUGAAGGAAGUCGAACAGAUGCAAACAGCCGCAAAUAAAUCCACGAGAUCUCGCGUAGGACCAUGGAAUUUAACGAAACAGAUUCUUAAGGAACAAGGUGUAAGAGGCCUGUUUGUAGGUCUAUCGUCGACGAUAGCCCGAGAGAUGCCGGGCUAUUUCUUUUUCUUCGGUGGUUACGAGGCCACGAGAGAAUUGUUGACGACGAAGGAUCAAAAGAGGGAUGACAUCGGCUGGCAGAAAACAAUGGUGGCCGGCGCGGUAGGCGGCGCGAUGCUUUGGCUAGCGAUAUUUCCCGCUGAUGUAGUUAAAAGCAGAAUACAGGUGCAGAACUUAAAAACACCCGCCUUCAUAAUCUUCAAAAAUAUUGUGCGGCAAGAAGGCAUUGGCGCGUUAUAUAAUGGAUUAACACCAACCUUAAUAAGAACGGUACCAGCGACCGCGACACUAUUCAUCACCGUCGAAUACACGAAGAAAUUUAUGUACAAUUAUUUUUGAAACCGGCUUCAGUAUUUCCGUUUUCUCAUGCCUCUUGAAUUUGAUGAUAGAGAAAUUUUAAACUGGUCAAAUUGUAUGCCAUACUUUCGCCUAUAUAUCUGUAAAUACGUCCAUAAUAUGUAUAAUAAUAUAUCCAUAUGUAUAUAUAAUAAUUGUUAUUAACAUUUUGUUCAUAAAAACUAUAUUUCCGACAAUUUUUUUUUCUUUCUUCGUGUUAUUUAUAUAAUAUAUAUCUUUCUAAUAUAUCUAAUAUAAUAACUUUCAAAAGUUAUUAUGUAAUUAAAUAUUUUUUUGUUAU